AUGCCCGACGCCGUCAACCUGCAAGGCGCGGAUAACGAUUCCCCUGUCCGCUUCUUCCAGCUCUAUUUGCCUCAUGACGACGAACUGGCGGUCUCCCUGCUAAAGAGAGCAGUUACCAAUGGCUUUGCAGCAUGUAUACUCACGACUGAUACCUGGCAGCUUGGCUGGCGACUUGUCGAUGUCUUAACCUCUAGUUACGCGUUCUACCGCGGGAUUGGCGCGGAUUUAGGUUUUGCGGACCCGAUAUUCCAGAGACGCAUGGAAAAGACAGGGAUCGAUCCGAAGAAGCAACCCGAGGACGCAGGUGCAAUGUGGAUUGAUAAUAAGGAGUUGAGUUGUGGGAAGCCGUUUUGUACCAAAGAAUCCAAUCCGUGUGGAGACUUGGAUGUGGAUGGCAUCGUUGUCUCCAACCAUGCGGGCCGCCAAGUCGACGGCACAAUUGCCAGUCUUGACGCUCUUGAGAACAUCGUCAACGCAAGGAUCAGCGAGAAACUGACCGUCAUGUUUGAUUCAGGCGCGAGAGGCGCUUCGGACAUUAUAAAGGCGUUGUGUUUGGGCGCUAACUUCGUAUGGGUUGUUCGGAUGUGGAUAUACGGGUUGAGUAUUAUGGGCGAAGAGGGCGCCCGCCGUGUCAUGAAGUGCCUCGCCGAAUUUGACAUCUCCAUGCUCACGGCUGGAAUACGGAAUGUUGGCGAGAUGCAAAGGCGCCGGCAGGAAAGCUAUCCCAAGGGAUAUACGCUGAUUGCAAAGAAGGCCAAGCUUUGA